AUGGAGUACCUCAGCGGAGUCUGCCAAGGAUGGGCCAGCCCGUCAGCAUACUCAUGGCCUGGACUUGCACUCACUGGACUCGCUGCUGGCUUUGCCCUUCAACAGCUGGCACGGACUGUGGUCAACUCGGUCACCUCGUCUGCCCUCGACCUCUCGGGCAAGCAUGUGGUCAUUACAGGCGGAUCAGAGGGUAUGGGUCUGGCCUUUGCCAAGCUGGCUGUUGGAGAUGGUGCUUCGGUGACCAUUCUGGCUCGGAAUCAGGCCAAGCUUGACAAGGCCCUUGAUGAGCUCACUGCCAUCGUCAAUGCCCUCCCUGAUCCCGUCGCUGAUCAGUUUGUUGACGCUCUCUCCGUCGAUGUCACUGAUGGUGAGGCUGUGACGAGGGCUAUGGCUGAGGUCGAUGCCAAGGCUCCCGUCGAGCUCCUCAUCGCAAACGCUGGCUACUCGGCCACCGGCUACUUUAUGGAUCUGGAAGAGUCAGACUUUACCCGCUCCAUGGACGUCAACUACAUGGGCGUCGUCCGCUGCGCCAAGGCCAUUGUUCCGUCCAUGAUCGCCCGUCGCUCCGGCCACAUUGCCAUCAUCAGCUCCGCCAUGGCCAUGUGUGGCAUGCUCGGCUACACUGCGUACGCGCCCACAAAGUGGGCUCUCCGCGGCUUUGCAGACUCGCUCCGCCAGGAGCUGCUCCCCUUUGACGUCUCCGUCUCCAUCUGCUAUCCGUCCGACGUCGAGACGCCUGGCUUUGCCAUCGAAAACGAGACCAAGCCGCCCGAGACCGUCGCUAUGUCCGACUCGGGCGAGCUCCUCACCGCAGAACAGGCUGCGGGUGUCAUGUACCCGCGCAUCCGCGCCCGCGAGUUCCACAUCGGCACUGACCUACUCCUCGACAUGAUGAGCUGGCCCAUGGCCGCUAUGUCGCCGCGCUCAAACACGGUCCUCGCCAUCGCCGCCUCGCCGCUGGUCUCCUUCCUCACUGCUGUCGUCGGCUGGCAGUGGGAUGGCAUCGUCCACUCGCACGCCUCUGACCGCAGCGACGUCCGCACCCACGCUUCGCCGCUCUCGUAG